AUGGUAUUUCGUGGUCGUCCGUCAAAGGCCUGCCAGCGCUGUCGGACUCGGCGGUUAAAGUGUGACUACCGUCGGGAUUCGUGCACGCCAUGCCUUCGUGCAGCUGUGGUCUGUCACGGACAUCGGGACUCAGAGGAGAUUCGUAUUGAGGAUCAGACCGAGGAGACGCGGCGCAAGGUUCUACUGAAGUCGAAACAUGUCAGCCUGACCGAGUCUUCGCUGUCAGUCUCAGUCGACAUCCAGGCCCGUAUGGUCUUCUUCGCCCAUUAUGUGUCUGUAGGCUCCCGUGGAUGGGACUUUCUAGUUCGAUGGCAGCGUGAGACAGAGGUGGUACCUCGUUGGUUGGAUGCGAGCAUUGACGCAGUGAGCCUAGCUCUUCUGGCGCAUCAACAUGUCUCUCUCCCUUUAUUGUCCCUGGCUCGUCAGCGGUAUGCUUUGGCUUUGGGUGUGAUGAAACAAGCUUUGAAAGCUCCCCCGAAAGCGAAAGAUAGCCUGGUUGCGGCAUCGCUACUGUUGGAUCUCUUUGAAAAGAUCACCCACACCGAAGCGAGCGUCAUUCAAUUCUGGCCGAGCCAUGUCAACGGCACACUGGCUUUGAUCCAGAAGAUAGGAGUACAGUACUUUCAAGAUCAUUAUGCCCUACGCAUCAUAUCACGAUUUUUAACCAAUUAUAUGAUCAGUUGUGUGGCCAGCGCGCAUGCCGUCUCCAAAGAGGUUCUUGUACUCCGUGACCAUCUGGAGCGUCAUUUGAACUUGAAAGACGAUCCCAAAUGGCAGAUGUCGGGGCUGACGAUACAGUUUGCUUCUUUCCUCAGCGCGAUUCGUACCGGCAGAUGGUCACUUCAGGAGAGCAUGGCUCACGCACAGGAGCUUGACCAGGCCCUUUUAGCGCACUCGCAGAAUAUACCUCCAGACUGGCAGCCGGAAAGGCGAUUUCUGCGGCACCCCUUGCCCCAUGUGUAUGGCCAGCAGGUGGACUUGUAUCGUGAUCGCCAUGUCACUCAGACAUGGAAUGUCGUGCGGCAGAUACGCAUCCAACUGAAUCAAUAUCUCCUGGACUGCUAUGACAAGCUGAACGCAAUCCACGGAGUCAACCAGAUCGCUGCGUCUGAAGCUGCGUUGAGUAAUAUUGCAGCACUGUCGCUCGACGUAUACGCCUCCGUCCCACAGUAUGCAGGUUACGGCUGCCGAUCGAAGCGCAGCCAAGAGCAGGCAGAUAGCACAGACCUCUCCAUUGUCCCCCAGAAGGGCUGCGACAAAGUGCAUACACCGUCCGAGGUCCUCGACUGCUACACUCUUCUGUUUCCUAUGUACGUUGCCGCUCGAUCCAAAGCAGCCACAGUCGACCAGAAGCAGUGGGUCUCGUACAUGUUUCGUUAUAUCAGUGAUCACUUUGGCAUUCGUAAUGCCUUACUCCUGGCACCAAUACUCGAUCAGAAUACUGAUAUUAACCCAUGGUGUAUUUAUGCCAUGUUAGGGGGAUACGGAUUUGCCGCUUGA